AUGUCUCCUGUUUCGUCCCUUUCUUCCCGACCCCUUUCUCCUUCUCCUCAACAGGCACAAUCUCCCGCCUCUUCUUCCUCUUCUUCUUCUCACCAUACCUUCCAACAACAUCAACAACAGCAGCCGUCGUUCCCGGAACCAAUCGUAUUUCAAUAUGUCCUCUACUACCCAGGCAACCUUCCCCUGGUGAUCACUGCAGGACACGGAGGGUCCGCUCUGCCAGGCGAAGUCCUCACCCGCAAGAAGACCCAUCGUUUCAGGCGAAUCCCCGACCUGGCCACGACCACCGACCCGAUCGAGAUCUCGUCCUUUGCUGAACCUCUCUACCCUUCUACUUCACAGUCCGAUCCCGCAACGGGUGCUGCGAUCGCUUCAAAUCUGAACAGUAACGAGGAAACAAUGCCAUGGAUGGCUCCGAGGGACCAGACCAAGGGCGGGAAUUUUAAAAAGGACCUCAACACCCAUUCAAUUGCUCUGAACCUGGCCAACGCCAUCUCCUGUCUGACCAGCGGGAGCACCAUCAGCGGCGGCGGCGUGAAUUCUGGACCCGGUGGCGCCAUUGUCCCCACAACUGAUGGCACUUUUGUCGGAGGCGGACCUUCUAGCAAAGCGGCUUCUUCUUCGGCAACAGCGACAAUGACAGCUGACCACGGGACCAACGAUAUCCCUGCCCGUUGUGAGCAGCAAGGUCCGUGGGGCGAUGACGACUCGGACUAUCCUUACCCCACUUGGACCUCUCUCACACCUUCGUCCACCCCGACACGUACACCUACUCCCACAGCUUCGUCAGCAUUACACCAACAACAGCAAGAUUCGACUAGGCGCCAUUUUGGCCAACAGGGCCAGAACUACCCUCAUGUGGUCGUGUUUCGUAUCCCACGUCGGUUUGUCGAUGUGAACAGGAACAUUACCGGAGGCGAGAACGCCAUUGCCGAAGGAGACCCCCAUGCAGAGGCAGCCUGGCACGAGUAUCACGAGUUGAUCGACCACGUCCAAAAGAUGGCGCUCCAAAAGACAAACGUCUCUGUCAGUUUGCACCAGGAGCAGGAGCGCGAGCAAAGAAACUCUCGACUGCAAAAACAUUGGAUGCCUCCACAAGCGCCUACACCUGGACGAGGACUUUUGCUCGACAUUCAUGGUCAUGCGCACGCCACCAACCUCAUCGAAAUCGGAUACUUGCUGAACGGAACCGUCCUGAACAUGGACGACGACCUCCUCAAUACUUAUGGUGCCCGUCUGACAAAGGAGUCCAGUAUCCAAUCACUCAUCAACAAGGUCACCUCAUCCUCCUCGCCCUCGACUUCAGGAAUCGCUGACUCUGCGACAUUUCCACAAGAAGCUCUACCAUUCUCAAAGUUGAUCCGUGGUGGGAAGACAGAGUCACUGGGAGGGAUGUUUCAGGCUCAGGAGUUGAACGCAGUUCCAAGCCCGGACUUCCAGGCACCCUGCCAGGAGUGUGUUUACUUCUUUGGAGGGUACACUAUCCAGCGCCACGGGAGCCGCGACCGUACGAUUUCAGAACUUGCCAAUGGCGGUACUAUGGACGCGAUUCAAUUGGAGUUGCCCAAGAUCCUGAGACUGGUCGAGAAGGAGCAGGCCAGAGAAGUAGGGAUGAAGCUUGGACGAGCAGUGGUGGAGUUUGCGGCCCAGUAUUAUGGACUGUUCAGAGAGAGUCCUGCGGUCGCUGCGCGUGAACUGUCUGAUACUGUUGUUAUGGCCGCUAUGGCCAAGGGUGUGUCUUCUCGGUCGGGGUCUUCUACGCCUAGGAGGAGCGGAGCUGCCGGUAGUGGACGCGGUGGCGGGCGUACUGGAGCUGGAGGAAGUACAAGUGGAGGAAUGGCAGGACAGGUGGCGCACUCUGCAUGGUUGCAGGAGCGACUUGCUCGUGUCCAGCAACAUUCGCACAACCGAGCCCAGCAACAUUCGCACAACCGAGCCCAGCAACACCAACACCAUCACCAUCAGCCACAGCAUCAUCCACAACCGACUGCACAGGCGACUAUGUCUGGUGCGUCUACUUCGUCGUCAUCGUUUACGAUGACAACCGCGUCGGAUAGUUGGGAUAACCAAAGCGGGGAUAGUAACCAGAGUGGCGAUAGCGAGAUGGAGAAUGAUCGAGAGAAGCGCGAUUCUGUGUCUUCAUCUUCCCCAAGGCGCCCAGAGAUGAAGCGCCAUAUUAGUCGACUCUGA